AUGCUUUCAACCAUACGCGUGACCAGAUUUACUUUCUUUUCCCCCUUCUCUCUACAACUCAGUCUAGUGGCGGAAGCUAUCUCGGCUGAUUAUAGUAAAGGGGGAGACGCCGAUAUCGACAGAAAGAUCCUGGACAACAUCAACUAUUCUUUGUCGCACUACUAUAUCUGGACCAUACUAGGGAUGCUCGGACUCUUCUUGGCCUAUAGGAUCACUCAAAGAGCCACUGUUUAUAUCCGAUUUCUAGUGUCGAUCGAUGGUGCGAGAGGAUCACAGCACUACUUUUCUUCCGGAUCUCCCAGCAUCUCCUUCCUAAAAGCCAGACUACUUUAUGCCCCUACAUUUCGCCAUCGAAGAGCCCAAGAAAUCGCCUUAGGUCGGUGGAUUGUUCUAGGAUGUCUACCUACGUGCAUUGAAGUCGCAAUCAUACUUAUCUUCAUAGCCGUCAAUGGAUUAUACCUCACGUGGAAAUUACCGUGGAUCCACUCCAAUACAGAAGUGUUGAAGGCAUCGGCAAACCGUGCGGGAACGCUCUGUGUGGCGAAUCUGCUUCCAAUCAUGGUUCUAUCUUCUAUGAGGAAUCCCUUGAUAUCAUUGUUGAACAUCUCAUACGCUACAUUUAACAUGAUGCAUCGCUGGCUGGGACGCUUAGCGGCCCUUCAGGCCCUUGCCCAUGCCACCUGCUGGCUGAUAGUCAAGGCAGAAUCCGAGGGCUGGGCAGCCAUGCUGUCUGCCACCCACAAGCCCUUUAUUUACAGUGGCUUAACUGCCGCUCUUGGAUUCGCGGUCAUCUUGCUGCAGAGUUUGAAGGCUGCCAGGCAUUUAGCCUAUGAGUUAUUCUUGCAUCUGCAUAUCGCGUUGGCGGUCUUGGUGUUGGCAUGUCUUUGCAGGCACCUCGAGGAUUUGCCCCAAAAAGCCUUGGUGAUAGGAGCGGCCGCAGCCUGGGGUGUCUUUCGUGGUCUUCGACUGCUCACCUUGCUGUAUCGGAACUUGGGCAGCAAGGUUACUACAGCGGAUGUCGACAUUCUACCACAUUAUGCCUUGCGAAUCUCCAUCAAAUGUCCGCGGCCCUGUAGCUUCAGUCCCGGUCAAUCUUUGUACCUAACCCUUCCGGCCGUUGGUUUAUGGACAGCUCACCCAUUUUCAGUAGCAUGGUCUGGAGAUUCUGGAGCUUUAGAUUCGACCCUGUCAACCGGUUCACAAUGCGUUGGAGGGCGAUACUUCGAUCAGAAGGCCGUCUAUCGCUCCGAGACUUCCACAGAGAAAGUCAUGUUCCUGAUUAUCAAGACACGAUCCGGUCUGACUAAAAAGCUCUGGCGUCGAGCUAUAAAGGCGGAUGGGCCCCUUCAGACCAUUGCCCUUAUCGAAGGACCUUACGGUAUAACACGAGAUUUGUCUAGCUACGAGAUGGUGAUCCUCUUUGCUGGAGGUGUAGGGAUCACUUAUCACCUUGGAUAUAUAAGAACACUCAUCCGAGGCUACGCCCUAGAAAUGGUGGCAACCAAGAGAAUCACGUUGGUAUGGGUUAUUCCUAGCACUGGCUGCCUUGAUUGGAUCCGAUCAUGGUUACGAGAGAUCCUAGUUAUGAAAGGUCGAAGCGAAGUGUUGCAAAUUUUUGUAUAUAUCACUCGAGCCCGCUGGACUGAAUGCGUACAAAGCUCCGGCGGAACCAUUCGAGUGUCAAAGGGCAGGCCGGAUAUCGAGUCCUUGAUGAGGCAAGAAGCUGCUGAGAAGUUGGGAUGCAUGGGGGUAAGUGUUUGUUCAAGUGGAGGGCUGGCCGAUGAAGUCAGGCGUGUUUCAAGAGUGAUGCUGGAUAAAGGUGUAAAUUUAGAUUUCGUUGAAGAAAGGUUCGGGUGGUAA